UCUGGCUUCAUCUCGUUGCUUUACAAGUUCUCAACAGUCUUUGAUUUACGAGUACCACUGGCUAAAGCUCGAGGCCUCAAGGCUUACAAGCUGCCGCGGCUGCUCCCCUUCCUCUCUCUUACUCACUCGACCUGCAUUGCUCAACUCUGGCUAACAACCACUACAACCCACCAACUCCCACUACCGAAUACAAAGGCAAAUACAAAUCCACUUGCACCUGCGCAUAUACUUCGACCUGUAUAUCGCUGCCAUCAUCUCGUUCGACACCCGCAGAUAUUUCAGCGACUACCACCGCCAUCAUGCCUGCAGCAGUCACAACCAGGCCCAAGCUGGGCAAGCUCUCUACUCCAGUGACGAGCACAUUUCCUCCCGACAUCACCUCAGCAAACACGGCUACUCCUCGGUCUGCUCUUUUUGCCUGCAAGCCUGACCCUAGCUACAUCCAAACACCGAUCAGUCCACCAUUGGCCUACACCGAUUUCCUCUCCAAGGCCCUAGGAUCGCUCAACUCGCCAGCUCUCGCACCCGGCGAGAUCUCUCCCGAGUCUGCACCGACGUCUGCUGCUAGCGACAAGUCGGAUACCUCCUCAAUGGACGAACGUCCAUCCCCAGCUUCUAGCGCUGCCAGCAGCAAACCCGCUUCGCCGGCAUCAGCAACGGCAGUUCCUCCAACUCCAUUCACGGCGCCGCUGCCCAUGUCUGCACCGGCAACUGGAGCAAAUUGCUUUCCUAGCCUGAAAGUACCGCCUAGCCCUGCCAUUUCCAAUCUGGAUUCUCCCAUGAGCUCCCGACUCAUAGGCUCUCCGUGGAGCGCUCGGUCGAUGCACCCUGUGUUUGACUGGGACGCCGCCCUCAAGGCCCGCCUUGGAGAGACGAAGAAGCAAAAAUCCUCGCGUGUUAGUGUGCGACACAUUCGUGAGGUGGUGACGAGAACUGUCACUUACACCCCAAAGAUGGAUCCUGCCCCCAGAGGCAAGCGACGGAAAGUUGAGUGAGGAAUGAGAGUGGGAAGCCAUAUUUCGACAUUCAAAUCCUUCGCACAACAUCUACAAUACUGGGCUCCGACCCUAUCUCCUCAUUUGCCAACCGCAAUGACGUCGAUCUACAUAUUCUUUUAACUACCAUCACACCAACUGUAUACCAACCAUGAUUCGACAACACAAGGUGUUUUCAUUUCUUGUCUUGAUGACUACAUCUCCCUGUGGGAGACAACAAAAGCAUGAUCGGAGAAUUGGAAGGGCGAGCUGCUUCCAAUUCACUUUUUUUUUUACGAAACCUUCAGCACUAAUACGCUGGCCGCAGCUGAAGUCGACGAUGUGAUGGUUAACUAUUUAAACCUAGGCGAGUCCUAGCACGACACUACUACUGGCGUAUCAUGGAAGAGUGGUGUGGGGGAGUUUUCUUUUACUUUUCUUUGUCACUAUCACCGUGCCGGAUAUCUCGUUUUUAUCAACAUACUCCUCCUUUUCUGUGAGGAAUUGCGAGGGCGGAGGCUUUUUUUCCUUCAUGCGGAAGAGUCAAGGAUUUUCCUUGAGGAGUUUAUGGGCGUUUUCCCACGGACACAGCGCCCGACUGACGGGCGUUUCUGCAGCGCAUGGACCGGCUCGAUACUGAAGCCUAGACUGUGGAUAAUGGUCUCGGCGGGGGCGGCAGAGGGUCAGGCGAUUCUGCGUGUGUCACCGGAAGCGGGAACCAAGAGGGGCCGAUGGAGGCAGCUUCGUUCUUGAAUAAGACGGGCAGCCAGCUACGCAUCGCAGAUGCCUCGAUGCUUGUAACACAUAUUACUAUAUAUACACUAUUUAGAGACACAAAAAAAAACAUUGAACAAAAUAAUUCAGCUGGUGUUGCUUUGCAGCCAAUCAUUCUUGCGAAGACUGCUUUGAUUAGCUUGAUAAUCUCCGACUGUAACGCAAAGCCGAACAUGGCAGAUGCAGAUUCUAUUGGCACAUCGAUCAGUUUUUUUCACCAACUUAGUGAUCUGUCGUUAGUAGGAUUUACGGCUUCCCGUGCGUGUGUGUAGCAAUAUGGAGCGGCAACUGUGCCACAGGAGGAAAUGUCGGUAUAAGUCGGGCACUUGAUUCGUGGCUUUCAUAUCAUGCCUUGCUUUUUCUUGCCCUCUUGUUUAAUUCACGCAGACGUGCAUAUUCACGGGCCAAGUGAGUGAGAAAGAGAUAGAGUGGUA